AUGGCAGAGAAGCGGCCCCGCAUCGAAAAUGAGGAAGGAGAGGAGCAGGCCGUCGAGUUGGACGAGGCGCAGCUCGAGGCGGCCUUCAACGAGCUUCGGGACAUUGACGCGGAGGUCGACAAGUUGGAAAAGGAAGAGUCUGCCGAGAUCCUCGAGGUCGAGCGGAAGUACUACCAGAAGAAACGGCCCGUCCUGAUGGGGCGGCGCGACGUGUUCGCCCGGCUGCAAGACUUCUGGUACACCGUCCUCAGCAACCACGAGGUCAUCUCCACCGUCAUGACGGACCGCGACCACGAAGUCUUCCAGUACCUCGUCGACCUCGACGUCGAAGAGCUACACGCCAUGCAGGGGUACAAGAUAUCGAUGACCUUUCAGAACAACCCCUUCUUCUCGAACGAGAAGCUGGAGAAGACGGUGGUGAUCGAGGACCGCGAGGGCGGCACGCAGCAGAUGAACAUCCAGUCGACGGUGCCGGCGUACGCGGACAGCGCGAUGGAGGCGCACCUGGCGGGGACGGGCGCGGACGCCAACGGGGAGGACGCCGCGGUGGGGUCGAAGCGGCCGCGGGACACGCAGGAGGCCGGCGCGGCGCUGCUGCGGUGGAUGGUGACGAGCGAGGUGUUCGAGGGGGACCGGGAGCAGGCGCCGGAGGACCCGCUGGGGGAGCACCUGCGGUACAUUUACCAGAACCCGUUGCAGAUCUACCAGCAGGCGGUGUUCGGGGGCGACGAGGACGACGAGGGCGAGGAGGAGGGCGAGGAGGGCGAGGAGGGCGAGGAGGGGGAGGAGUACGACGAGGGCGAGGCGGGCGAGGAGGGGGAGGAGUACGAGGAGGGGGGGGAGUACCAGGAGGAGGGGGGCGAGUAUGAGGAGGGCGACGGCGGGGAGGAGGCGGGUGUCGAGUACGAGGAGGGGGAGGAGGAGGGUGGGGAGGGGGAGGAGCAGUUGCAGUUCGAGGACCCCUUCGCGGGCGGGCAGCCGGAGGACGCGGACGCCGCGGACGCCGCGGAGGAGCAGUGA